AUGGCGUCAAAAGGUGCCGUCCUGCCUCUGCUGAGGCGCGAAAUGCGCUCGGCCUCCCGAUUCUCACGAACUACGCCCUCGGUCUCCUCUCUCCUCUCUGCUCGCAGCCCCGCCAGUCCCCUGUCGUCCUCGGGGAGACGCUUAAUCCGUCGAACGACACCCUUCACGACGUUGCAGACCCGUGCGUUUUCACAGUCGGUAUCACGGCGCUUUACCGAUGAGAAUGGCAACUUUGACCCGAGGUCAAUCGACCGUGAAUCGGAUGAGGUGGAUGUCUGUAUUGUGGGUGGUGGCCCCGCUGGUCUCGCCGCCGCGAUUCGAUUGAAGCAGCUUGCGAACGAAGCUGGCAAUGAGGAGUUCAGAGUCAUUUUGUUGGAGAAGGCUGGAGAACUGGGCGCGCAUAUAGUUUCAGGCAACGUUCUUCAACCUACCUCCAUGAACGAGCUGUUCCCCGACUGGCUCGCCGAAGAUAACCCCUCCCGCUUCGAGGGUGCCACCCCCGUGAAGAGCGAUAAGAUGCGAUUCCUCACCAAGAACUCAUCAUUUCCUCUUCCUGCCCCGCCGCAGAUGAACAAUCACGGCAAUUACAUUGUUAGCUUGAACGAGUUGACCAAGUGGCUCGGUGAGCGCGCGGAAGAAUUAGGCGUUGAGGUGUACCCUGGAUUUGCUGCCAGUGAGAUUGUUUACACCCACGACGGAUCAGUAAAGGGUGUUGCGACCAAUGACCUUGGACUGAGCCGGGAUGGCAAGGCCAAGGAUACCUUUGAGCGCGGAAUGGAGUUCCACGCUCGCGUUACCCUUCUCGGCGAAGGCUGCCAUGGUAGCUUGACGAAGCAGGUGAUUAAGAAGUUCGACCUGCGACGGAAUAGUCAGCCACAAACCUACGGUCUGGGAAUUAAGGAAAUUUGGGAGAUUCAGCCGGAGAAGUUCCGCUCGGGUGAGGUCACUCACUCGAUGGGGUACCCGCUUCCUAGGGAUACCUACGGUGGUGCUUGGAUGUACCAUUUCGGUGACAACCUGGUUAGCAUCGGUCUUGUGGUCGGACUGGAUUAUCCGAAUCCUUGGCUCUCACCUUAUGGCGAGUUCCAGAAAAUGAAGCACCACCCCCUGUUCAAGGAUGUUCUGGAGGGCGGCAAGUGCAUUUCGUACGGUGCGCGUGCACUAAACGAGGGUGGCUUCCAGUCCAUCCCCAAGUGCGCGUUCCCAGGCGGUGCCCUGAUUGGUGACACCGCUGGAUUCUUGAACGUGCCCAAGAUCAAGGGUACUCACACUGCAAUGAAGUCCGGUAUGCUAGCAGCCGAGGCUACCUACUCUGCCUUGUCAAGCUCGAGCGAAGGCACCGUCUUCCUCUUCGACUAUGAACAGUCCCUCCGGGACUCGUACAUCUGGAAGGAGUUGCGCGAGGUGCGCAACAUGCGACCUUCCUUCAACACCCCCUCGGGCCGUGUGCCGUGGACCCUUAGCCACCACGGCACGGAUGCCGCGGCCACCAAGCCCGCGUCUGCAUGCAACAAGAUCGAAUACCCCAAGCCUGACGGCGAGAUCAGCUUCGACGUCAUGACUAGCGUGAGCCGAACCGGCACCAACCACGAGGAGGACCAGCCCGUGCACCUGCAGGUGGAGGACUGGGACAAGCACAAGGACCUGUCAUGGCCGGUAUACAAGGGUGUGGAGAACCGGUUCUGCCCGGCUGGAGUGUACGAGUACGUGGAAGACCCUAGCAAGGAGCACGGGGUUCGUUUCCAGAUCAACGCGCAGAACUGCAUUCACUGCAAGACGUGCGAUAUCAAGGUGCCUACUCAGGAUAUUAACUGGCAAACCCCUCAGGGUGGAGAGGGUCCUAAGUACAUCAUGACAUGA